AUGGAUCCCUUCAUCAUCCUGGUGAUUUGUCUUUCUUGUUUGAUUCUUUUUUCUCUUUGGAAUGGAAGCCAUGCCAGAAGGAAGCUCCCACCUGGCCCUACUCCUUUCCCAAUUGUUGGAAAUACUAUACAGUUAAACACUAAGGACCUCAGCAAAACCCUAAGCAUGCUAGCAAAAGAGUAUGGCCCUGUGUUCACUGUGUAUCUUGGCAUGAAGCCCACUGUGGUGUUACAUGGAUAUGAAGCUGUAAAGGAAGCCUUGAUUGACCGGGGAGAAGAAUUUUCUGGUAGAGGGACCCUACCAGUUGUUGAAAAAGUCACUCAAGGAUUAGGAGUUGUUUUCAGCAAUGGAGAAAUAUGGAAGCAAACCCGGCGUUUCUCCCUCAUGGUUUUGCGGAAUAUGGGAAUGGGAAAGAAAACGAUUGAAGACCGAAUUCAAGAGGAAGCCUCGUGUCUGGUGGAAGCAUUAAAGAAAACCAACGCAUCUCCUUGUGACCCUGCUUUCCUCCUGACCUGUGUUCCCUGCAAUGUGAUCAGCUCUGUCAUUUUCCAGGAUCGUUUUGACUAUGGUGAUCAGAAAUUUCAAAACUUGAUUAAGUAUUUUCAUGAAAACUUUAAAAUUUUAAGCACCCCCUGGAUUCAGCUCUGCAAUACUUUCCCCUUUUUACAGUAUUUCCCAGGAAUUCACAAUAAGUUACUUAAAAAUAUUAAUGCCCAAAGGCAGUUCAUUUUGGAGAAAAUAAAAGAACAUCAAGAAACUCUGGACAUCAACAACCCUCGGGAUUUUAUUGACUACUUCCUGAUUAGAAUGGAAAAGGAAAAACACAAUCAACAAUCAGAAUUUACCAUGGACAACUUGGUCAUUACCACAUGGGAUAUCUUUAGUGCAGGAACAGAGACAACAAGCACCACCCUGAGAUAUGGACUCUUGCUCCUGCUGAAGCAACCUGAGGUCUCAGCUAAAGUCCAGGAAGAGAUUGACCAUGUAGUUGGCAGAGACCGGAGCCCCCGUAUGCAGGACAGGAGCCGCAUGCCCUACACAGAUGCCGUGAUUCAUGAGAUCCAAAGAUACACUGAUCUUGUCCCCAUCAGUGUACCCCAUACCGUGACUCAGGACAUUCAGUUCAGAGAAUAUCUUAUUCCAAAGGGCACAACCAUAUUAACAAGUCUGACUUCUGUCCUGCAUGAUGACAAAGAAUUCCCCAACCCAGAGAAGUUUGACCCUGGCCACUUCCUGGAUAAAAGUGGCAACUUUAAGAAGAGUGACUACUUCAUGCCCUUUUCAGCAGGCAAAAGAGCAUGUGCUGGAGAGGGCCUGGCUCGCAUGGAGCUGUUUUUACUCCUGACCACCAUUUUACAGCAUUUUACCUUGAAACCUCUGGUUGAUCCAAAGGACAUUGACAUCACCCCAGUUAAUAAAGUGCUAGGCUCUGUACCACCCUCCUACGAGCUCUGUUUCAUUCCAGCCUGA